GGGAGAUUCCAAGGCGUCAAUCACAGAAAGGCUUAAUGGCUCCGUCGCCAGUAAUUCUAUUCGCCGGCGAACUGUCACCGGAAAAAGAUGUAAAAGAAAAUUUUUGUUGGCAAAAACAGAACUGAAGACUUCCUUGGCAUUUCUCUUACCUUGCAGCUGUAGUUAAGGUUUCAACCAAUUUAUGGAUCCAAGAAUGAAGAUGUGGAUUAUGUGCAUCAGAGAACUGUUGUGUGCUUAGCUAAGUAAUUUGUAACAGAAGUAUAUAAUGUUACUAAAUUGCCCCAUGUGUUAAAUUAUAAUUUUACUGCACCUAUGCUUUGAACAGAACUCUGAUGAAUUACUGAUAUUUUGUCUACAUUUAUGUAUAUAUAUAUGGCAUGGAUGAUGAGGACUCGUUCAGUUAUGCUGUUGGUCUUAAUGCAAAGGCAGGAUGACAAAUGGGAACAUGAUCUUUUCCAAGAUGAGCGACCUCAAUUAUCGCGCAAGCUUGGUGGAGGUGAUCUUCGUCUGAAGCUUCAGAGGAGGAGCAGCCAGCAAGAAACCCAAGGUGGAGGUGUUCGAGAUCUUCGUGAAAAGUUGUCUGGCUCAAUGCAUUCUCAGCCAGUAAAUAAGGAUUCCCAGAAGCCUAAACCUGAACACGAGGCUGUUAAACCUGCUAGAAGAAGUGUCAUUGUUGCCACACCUGUAGCGGAGCCUAAAAAAGUCUCAAACCCGACUUCGAGGAAGAAAACUCAGCAGAAGGCUGAUGCAUCAGUUGAUGGGUUUCUUCAGUCCUUGGGUCUUGAAAAGUAUCUUAUUACAUUUCAGGCAGAGGAAGUUGACAUGACAGCACUUGAGCACAUGACCGACGAGGAUCUUAAGGCAAUAGGAAUACCAAUGGGUCCCAGAAAGAAGAUAUUAUUGGCAUUGAGUUCAAGGGGUUAAGAUGGGGAGUAAAGCUGAUUGUUAUUUUUCUUUCUGUCAGCUUUGUUGCCAAUCCCAUCUCUGCAGUCCACUGUUGGUGGCCCUGUGUUUUACUUGGUAUAUAUAUAUGCCUGCUGUCUGAAUGUUUACAUUUUAAUUUUGACAAAUUGGUUUGUAUUGAAGAAGCGUUAGGGCACCAGGGAGCUUCGUUUUGAUUUAGGUUAUAUUGUAGGAAGGGUAGGUUGAAACUAAUUCAGGGAUUUGUCUGUAAUGUUACUUCAACUUAUUUUAGUUGGAUUUUUCCCCCCCCGUCAAAUGUGUAGGUUUCUCACGAUUUAUGGUUCUCUUCUGUUCUGAUUAAUCAUUUGCAUAAAGUAUUUGACCA